AUGGCCAAUUCUGUUAAUAUUUCUAUCGAGGCUCCUAUUGAAAAUCAGAUUCAAGAAAUCACCUACGAUGGUCAAGAAAUAUAUCAAGCACCACUAUCUAUGUCAGAAAACCUCGCAAGACUUGCACAAAAGAUAGACUUUUCGAAGACUGAGGAUGAAUUCUGUAAUAUUAAAAAAGAGGGAGAGAGUACUUUAGAGAUUAAAUCUGAAGAUGAGAGUAAAGAGCCGGGAUAUCAGUCAAGCCUAUGGCCAUGGGAUUCUGUUAGAAAUAAGUUAAGAAAUGCCCUUACUGAAGUGUGUGUACUGGCUGAUGUCCUAAGCAUUGCUAAAGAGAAGAGGUACAUGGUGCUUGAUCCAAUUCAGGCUGAGCCAGUAGAUAGCAGACCAAUGGUACAAGUGUAUGGGCGUAAGAAAGCAUUAGGUGCUGCUGGAGCUGUUCUCUUGGCUGGUGUUGAACGACUGCGAGCUAGUGAGACCAUGAGAAUGACCCGCAAUAUGCCAGAUUUUCACAUAGACCUGUUGCGUCUUAGACAGAACUGGCGACUAAAAAAAGUCUCCAAUACAAUUGUUGGGGACUUAAGUUAUAGAACUGCUGGUUCUAAAUUUAGUCAGACAGGAGUCUUUGAGGUUACCAAAGCACCAGAAGAACAGAUAGCACAAGCUAUGAAGCAAGAAGAUGUAGUGACAGCAACCCUAAGCUCUUCAGCACUGAAUUGCCCUGGAACACUUCCUGGUGAUGGAGCAGAACUACACUGGCAGCAAAAAUUAGAAGCAGCACAGAAUGUUCUUUUUUGCAAGGAGCUGUUUGCUCGCCUUGCGGCUGAAGCCGUCCAGUUAGAUGCUACUAUACCACAUAUGGUGGUAGGAAAUCAGAUAAUGGCUACAGUUCUACCGGGCAUCCAGUUGUUAAUUGGUCUGUGCCACAAUAACGGCCAAAAUAACAGUAAUGCUAAUCCUGAAGGAGUUAAGACUGAGGGUUCGAGCGGUAAAUCAGAACAUGAUCAUGUGUUAGAGCAUUCGCUCCAUCAACUGUUGCGCGCCGUCCACCACAACAACACGCAUCACCCGUUCCCGCACCCCGCGACCGGCCCGCUAGGACCAUCAAAACGACGUUCACUCGCAGGUCCCAUGGCAGCAGACCGGUACGAGCUGCUAGAGAUGAGCAAGGAGCAGUCGCUGCUCGAGCAGAUAAUCCAACAAGCACAACAUUUCUUCAUGCGAAGGCGCAGCGAAUAUGUACUAGAUACUAUUGCAAAAGAGGUGAAAGAUCCGUUGAUAGUGUCGCACUGGAACGCACUGAACAGCCCUACUCAAUCAUGCGUCAAAAUCAACAUAAUGGCGUACGGGUAUGACGCGGUUUGCCGAACUUCUCUGGUGGUACACGUGGGCGAGAAGACACUAAAAUGCAUCUGCCGCGAUGGCAAAGUGCGCCAUCUGUCGUACGAGUUGCAGGAGUUGAGAGAUCUCAUAUAUUGUCAGGGGUGUGGUCCGCAGAUCUACCAGCACCAGAUGACGGCGGUGCAGGCGGUGGGGCGCUGCAUGGGCUGGCAGCUGCUGGCCAGCUCGGCGCACCUGGGCUCGGGGCCCGUCGAGCCGCUUGCCAACGCCUCCACCUGUCUGCUGGCCUCGCCCGCCGGUGACAGAAUGAUAGCGAUAAGGUGUGAACCAUCAGUUGGUAUCCAAGUCUUCAUAGCUCAGUCUCCCAGGAAAGAUUUCUUCGCAAGUGAAUUAGUACAAGAUAAGAAAUGGGAGAACCUAGGUGGUGCCUUCAAGGAAAUCAAAUUAGAAAAAAUGGAAGGCAAAAACUUUCUUAAUAAGAUGGAGUUGCUGAUGGCAUGCCUAAGCAGUCCUUCAUAA